CAAUACCACACAGCAUGCAGUCAGACCUGCAAAACCUAAAUACACCAGUCAUAACAUUAUUUUUGAAUCGCAUUAAAACUUGCCUUCGAAUUGAGAUUAGCAACAUGUCGCUGAUGAAGGCAAAGACAUUAAUUAAUCGUCCACCUGUUGAUAUCCAACAGGGUUAAUUGACCAAGUACUUUUGUGGCAUCAAUUGUCAUAAUUUGUUUUUUCGCUUUGCAUCGUGUGUCUUUAUGCUUAUGCAGUUCAGACGGAUAGUUUGUCAAUGAUGGAUGGUUCUACAGCUCUAAGAAUUACGGUCUUGUAAAAGUUUAUUCAAUAAAUCACUCGCUCAGAUCAUUCCGUCUAAUUGAUAUUCCCCAAUGCAAGCCGAGGCACUCCCCUUUUUGUGUGAAGGAAAAUCUCCCUCAGUCGCAUCCAAAGCCGACCAAGCUGAAGAGACAUAUCAGCGACUUGAACUAGCGGGCGGCUGCACCAUCACACAGCUUCAUAUCAGCGACCUGUGCUUUAGUCUCAAACCGUUACAACACGUUAACUGGAUUUAAUUUUGUAAACUUACUACACCUAAUGUGAGAGAGUGGCAAAGAAUACUGGAAUCUCAGAAAAAAGAGAUGGGUGCCUUUGGGGUGAUAGUAGGGACUUUACAUUACAUGGGACUCUACAUCCAACUUACUGCCUCCACAAUGCAAGGUGGACACGCAGAGUUAGUGAACCACAUCUCCGGGAACGCUGUGUUCACAGAAGUUCCCCAUGACAUCACAGCACAGAGUGGUCAGGACGUGGAGAUGGCGUGCUCUUUCCGGGGGGCAGGCCCCUCCUACUCCCUGGAGAUCCAGUGGUGGUACAUCAGAAACCACAGAGACUGGACAGAGAAACAGCCCUGGACCACCAAUCAGGUUGUACCCCAGGAUGAGAUGUCAAAGGAUGCUACCAAAAUAAGUGUGGUGAAGGUUGCCGGGAGCAACAUCUCCCACAAGCUUCGUCUGUCCAGCGUGAAGCCGUCUGACGAGGGCACAUACGAGUGCCGCGUGAUCGACUUCAGCGACACCGACAGCAACGCCCGCCACCACAAGGUGAGGGCCUACCUGCAGGUGGAGUCAGAGAGAAACCAGAACCCGAAGCUGCGCCACCAUGGAGAAAACUUCCAACCCCAGGACACCAAGGGCCUGGCGAGCAGCAGGCACCAGCCGGAGCAUGGCAAGCACUCGCCAGCAGCCCACCACAAACCAACAGGCACUGGCAGGGAGCUGAGGAAGAGGUCUGCUGAGACUGGCAGCGCUACUGACUGUACUGACAGCUGUCCUCUACACCUCACAGCUCACCCAUAGCCUCCUCUGCCUGUUUUGGUCUGGCCUCAGCCCCACACCCCGGGUGGGUAGUUCCAGUCCCGGAGGGCCGCUGCGCAAUGUACCCAGACCUCUGAUUCAUCCCAGCUGAUUGUUCACCCACCCCUACCACUGCUCCAGACACCAAAGGGACUAUAUCUCAGUGCCACCUCAGUCCUAUAUCUCUGACCUCUGCCCUCACACUGUCCCAUCAAAAACAUCCCAAGUCCUCUCCCACCCCUUCUCUUUACCACAACCCUCUAGAUCAGGGGUGGGCAACUUUGAUGGGGAUGGGGGCCACAAAAAAUUGGAACUCAUCAUGAGUAGCCACAGUGUGCGCACCCACAUCCAUACCCACACAUGCAGUCAGAGCCGGCUUUAGUGUUUUUCACCCUAAGCUACAUUUUGUUGGGGGGGCCCCCCCCACCCUGCGAGCAAAACAUUUUAGCGUCCCCCACUCUUAACAAUGGAGAGAAUUUGUUUGUUUUAGAGUUACUUUCCUGCAAUUCUACACAUUUAGCCAUGGGGCGUAGAAAUGAUUUUGCCAUUUUAUAACACAUUUUAUGCAAUUUUACUAAUUUAGCCAUGGGGUGGAGACAAAUAUUAGCAGUGUUUCAGCUAAUUUCCUGCAAUUCUACAGAUUGUGUUCUGACUUAUGCCAUGUUAAUAUAUCUGAGUGAGAGUGACCUAAAAAAUUUAAAAAAAGAUGGGGGGCCAUGAUUACUACAUUUAGAUUGCUGGCUAGACUCAUUUACUAAUCUAAAAAUGUGUAGCUAAUUGAGUGAGUUUCAGUGACUGACAUGAGAUAAAAACUGCUGAUGCACAACCUAACUCAAGUCAAUUCCCCCGAAUUAGUAACUAUUUAUUUAUUUCAAUAAAUUGUUUUGGGUUUGAUCUGCCAGUUGCCCAUCCCUGCUCUAGAUUGUCUACACUGUACAUGUUACUGUAUAUAAUGAUAAAAAGUGCAUGUUUAACAUGUUUUCUUACAAUCUUUUUCAAUCAUCUAAGGGGACGUAUAAGCUGGAAGGGUUACUUGUUGCUUUAUUAAUUUGGGUUUGUUUUCUGAGCAGUUCAUUCGCUGUUUCUCCAUGGUAAGUCCAGAGGGGGGGGGGGGGGGUCUAUGGGUUAAUAUCAGUGGGUCAUGAUUUCCAUCCAACCAGAGCUACACCAAUGUUUAUAAAGUAAAACCUGUUCAUUGUGUUUUGUGCUUUCCCAACAGAUAAUGUUACUGUGAGAAAGACCUGAUGGAUAAUGGAAUUGUUUCUUGCUCUAAACUUUGCUUUGAUGUUUUGUAAGAAAUCAUUGUAAAAAUGUUGUACAUUUUAGAAUGUCUUCUAGGAUGUUGGUCUCGCACAAAAUGUAUGCCUUUAUCAAAUUAAAUAGUGUACAUGAACCUA